AUGACUCAAGAUUUUGAAAGCGAAAUAAGAAAAGGUAAUAACUCAUCUCUGGGCGGCUUAAUGGUUCCUGAAGACAUUGAGUGAGCUUCAUUAGCAUCAUCUUUAUCAACUCCUUUAUUAGUUCCUUUACGUACAAAAUUUCACUCACUCCUCUUCACAAUAAGAUUUAAUUAUUUCUACUUGAUAACAACAUUUAAUGAUUUUUUUAAACCCAUAAAAGAAAACACAAAUUAUAUAAAAAUUCAAUAUUUAUCAGGAAGAGCAAUUAGCAAAUCCAAAAGAGCUCCCAGGAUGAAGAGGCGAAAGACCUCAGAUUCAGGACGAAGAAUCUGAUUUAUCAAUACGGUCUCGCUCUCCACCUUUUGUCAACAGCAAAAGAGAAUGAAAUGCAUCUCCCAUGUACCCUCGUCACGAAAAAUCAAAAAGACUGCUAGAAGUUCCACUUCUGCUGCCAAAAAUAAAAUCCAAACCUGAAUUAAUUGCUCUUCGUCCAUUUUCCCACGAAAUGAGAGGAGUAGACGAGGAUUUUGCAUCAAAAGCAUCAUCUCCGUUUGAUAUAAAACCCCAAGAACUAAGAAAAACUCAAAACAGUGCUUUAGAAACCCAAAGCACCCUCGAAGCAACUCUUCCUCCUAUCAAAAAUUCUACAUAUGGUUUCAGCUUGAAACGGCCAUCAAGCAAAGGGCUGAUUUCUCUCGAAGUAAAUGAAGAAAAAGAUCCAAUUAUUUAUACCGAAUCUUUAGGAAUUCAAAAUCUAACUCUUAAUAACGAAGAUAGGAAGCUCCAAUUUGGCCAAAAUUCUGCUGCAAAUCCUUUUAAAACGCAAUUUACUACGACUGUUUCAUCAAAAACUGAUCCUUCGACAGGAAAAAAUGAAAUAAAAAAAUCUCAAAAAUUAUCUUAUGGGCCUAUUCCAGAAGAUGAAGAACAGUCCCCAACGCCAUACUCGCAGCCUGAUUUAAAAGUACUUCCUAGCUCUCCUCAAGAGCAUAAGCUACCAUAUCCGGACAAUCCUAGACUUAUGGAAAUAUAUAAACAAUCACCUGAGCUGAAGCUUGAUAAAAAUAUAAAAAUUCGAAGAAGCUCAGAUUCUCAAACGACAUUUAGAAAAGAUGAGGUUGAAGAAUUCAAACAAGAAAUGUUCAAAGAACUGUUUUUUGCAGCUCCAGCUGAUAGAAAAUCAUCAGCUAAGCUGACACCUUCAAAUAAGAAAACUCUUCUCCAUACUUUUCUCAAAGCUUUAAUCACAGGAGAAAUUCGAAAUCGGGCAGAAGCUCAAGAAUUUAUUGAUAAUGAGCUGAGCAGAGGUGUUGUAAUUGUAAAACAAUCUCGUGGGAAUUCAAGCUCAAGCUCAGCUACAAGGUUUGUUUUAUCACCUAACUCUGAUAUAGAGCGGACAUUAUCUCCUGAAAGAAGCCAAAAUAUCAUUAUCCAGCCCCAUCAGCCUUCAGAAAUUGAAGAAAACUCUAUAAGAGAAAGCCCAAGGAAAACUGUAAUAAAAACUCCAACUAAAGCUGAAAUAAUAAUCCCUGCAUCUGAGCUAAAACUUAAGCCAAAUUUUGCUGAUCUCAAUAAAAUCGAAUAUGAAAAUGAAGAAUCAGACUCAGAAAUUGACAUCAAUAUAAACAGCAGCUUUCAUAAUGAAAUUCAAAACAAUUCUUUAGAAGAAAGGCAGCCUUCACCUCAGAAUAGGCAAAGAUCUUCAAGCUUUUCUGGCAAAAAACAACGUGAAAAUACUUAUAAAAGCAUUAACUCCCCCCCCCCCCUCCGUGAGCGAACAAAACCAUUAGAAAAAUCGCCAUUUUUUGACCAAAAACCCACCCUCCGUGAGUGAACAAAAAUUUUUUUAAUAGAAAAAAAUUUUUAAUGGGAAAAAAAAUUUUGAUAUAUAAGUGAUAAUUAGUAUAAUGAAAUCUAGAGCUAAUUCUGUUUAAUUUUAAACAAAUUGCGUUUAAAAAACAUAAAUUUUGCAAAUUAAAUUAAUAUUUGCUUCCAAUUUUUGCAAAUUAGGAUUUUUUUAAAUUUCGAAAAAAAUAUUUUUUAUAAAAUUUAUAUAUAAAUUUUUUUAAAAAAAAAAAUUAACCCCCCUCCGUGAGCGAACAAAAAUUUUUUUUUGUUCGCUCACGGAGGGGGGGGGGAGUAAGGAUGAAAUUACAUUAAUACCGUCUGCAGAAAGAGAAGAAAAAAUUUCUCCACGGCAAGAAGAAGGAGAAUCAUUAAUAAGCAAAGCAAGAAGAUUAAAAGAAAAAUGAGCAGAAGAAGACAGGAAGAAAACAAUUACCAAAGAAAUACAUAAAGCGUCUGCAACACUAUAGUGUGCCCCGGUGCUGUGUUUUCCACAUAUCUUGGAGCUCUGACGAGCCAACUAAAGGUGAAAAAGUCAAUUCCAAGUUGAAAAAAAGUAUAAGGGAUUUGCAGACUUGGAAUUGACUUGCCACCUUUAAUUGGCUUGUCAGAUCUCCAAGCUUCUGUGGAAAACACAUCGCCAAGGCACGCUAUAGCGAUGUAGACGCUAUAAAGCAAAAGAAGAGUAUGAGGAAGUUGAAGAAAAGGAAAUUGUAUAUGAUAAUGAAACAGGAGAAAUGAUUGAAAAAAUUAUUAAAAAAGCAAGAUUAAGGAGGGAGGAGACAAAGCGAGAAGAAGAAAAAAAGGCCGAAGGAAAAAAAAUCGCAGAGGAAGCCAAAAAAGAGAAAUCUAAGCUUGAAUUUUUAGAAGCCCCUAAUCCUGAUUUAGGAAGAGCACAAUCUGAAUUUUUGAGCCCAAAAAGAAAAGACUCAUUUAAUCCUGCUCCAGAAAGAAGACUUAGCGCCGACAUCAGAACUGAUACUAACGAAAAAAAGUCUCAAAAAACUUCGAAAAAAAUAAAAAAAUCAUCUAAAUCGCCUGCAGACACUUCUCUAUCAAAAUCUCCACCUUUAUCUAGAGUCCCUUCAUUAAAGAAGUCGCCUUCUACGUCUAAAGCUCCAUCACCUAUGCCUCAAGGAAAAUUGAAAAAAAAUAAAAAGAAAAAUAAAAAGCAAAAGCAAAAAAACAAAGAGCAAGUUGAAAAAGAAAAUGAAGAAGGCAAAGCGUUAAUUUCUGAAUGGUCUGAAAACAUGGAAAUUCAGCCAUUGCAGCUGAAUGAAAAAAUUGAUAAAGAUGAGUCUCCAACUUUAGAAGGAGAAGCUCCAAAAACAAAUAGAAGUAAGAAAUCUGUGGAAAGCCAAAAAACAGUAAAAAGCGAAAAAGGCAAUGCAAGUCCUAGAAAAACUGAUUCAAAAGCGAGGAUUUCGAGAGAAAGUGCGAAAAAUACAGAAAAUGCUAACCCCGCUUUAUCCUCGAUCGAGUGAAUUAUAGAAUAUUUUUAAUUAUUUCACUUUCUAAGAAAUUGAAAUAAACUAUUGAAAAUUUCCUAAAAUGGUAAAAGCACCAUCCUUGGUUGAACGAUUUUCAUAUAGUCAAGCAAGAAACCAGUUAGCGUGUCAUUUGAUUGAAAUGGUUUGAUAGUAUUGACAUUCUCGAUGGAAUUAAUUGAAAAUUCUGAUAUCAAGACGAAGAAAAAUUGUUAAGAUUUCGACAAAAUGUCUUAUAAAAAUAUUUGACCAAAUUUACUAAUCAGAUAUAAGUUUUUCCUAUAAAAAGCAACCCCGUGGCAAAUUCAUGGCCAAAUGGCGCUUUUCAUGGGAAAAACUUAUAUUUCAUACUAUCAAAAUGUUUCAAAGAAAACCGCUUCCUACUUGGCCACAAAUCUAACUAUAGCCUAAGCAAAAAAAAGGAGUAGGCUUACCUAUCUUUGAUAGUAAUGAAUCGUAGAGAUAAAAUUUUGAAAUCGCUUUACAGAAUUUUAAUGCGAUUUCUAGCAAUUGCUAUAUAAACUGCAUACUUUAACUUUACUGCUAGGGAAUAAAAUAUUUUACCAAAAAAAUUUAUCAAAAAAUUUUGAUGCACAACCUUAAUAGAAAGAGGGGAGUAAGAUAUCAAAAGCGGGAUCUAAUAGCCCAAGUCCAGCUCGAGAUCGAACGCCUUUAGAUGAAAAUGGCAGCCCAAUUAUUAAAGAGAAAAGAAAAACCAUUAUAAAAAAAAGUGAGAGCCCACCAAAAGAUAUAAAGCCAACCCCAAGGAUGAAGCCAAUGGACCGCUUUGUUCGAAACUUUUCAAAAAGUCUUUUGCAAACUGUUUCAAUCAUGGUUAUAACCCUCAAAAAUGAGCUACAAAAAGCUGAGCCACUUCUGGAAAAUGUUGACCCCUAUGAGAUUGUCGCAAGAAGAAAAAAAAUUACUCGAAAAAUAAACAAAAUCAGAAAAAAGACCCGAAUUGAGCUAGAAAAACAAAUUGUUUUAAAAGAUGAAGAAAUAAAUGAAACCCCUUUACCAGAAGAAAGAAAAACUGAAAAUAAACUUGAAGAUGUCAAUGAAGAAGACAAAGAACAAGAGCAAGCUGAACUCAUCAAAGCAAAAUCAUAUGCGCCAGAAAGAUCUUCUACCUUUAAAGAACUGAAUGACUCCAGAAAAGCAUCUGAAGCCCCUCCAAGGUUAGAAAAAGAAAAAUCAAACUUUGGGAUAUCAAACGCCUCCAAAUAUUUUUCUAAAGCUUUAAUGUCAAAAGUCCAAGUUUCUCAUUCUUCUACAAAAAACAGAAUUGUUUCUGAAUCAGAAACAGAAGAGUCAGGGACUGAGCAAGAUGAGUCUGAAGGCAGCUUAGGAACUGAUACAGCACGCUUAGAAAUAGUGAGCUCGAAGCCACUAAAUGUUGCAUAUGACCGUGCUCGAGCUAGUGUUAAUUAUGAGCUCCAAAAUUUCAAUUUAGUAAGCCAAAUGGCUAAGCAUAUUUUAGCAGGCACAGAAGAACCUGCAAAGCCACAAAUUUUAGCUCAGCCAGCAGUUUCUGAAUUUUUUAAAAAAUUAGUCCCAAACGACACAACACACAAAUCAAGAGGGCCAAUAAAAGCAGAUCCAACAAAUGCACCAGAAGAGGAAGAGUUUGAUGAAGAGCCUAUUGAUCCCUAUGCCAAUACCCUAGAUGUAGACGAAGAGCUUCUAAGUAUGUUUACAGGGAAGACCACAAAUAUAAAAAAAUUCGUGUUUACCCCACAAGUUCAAUUUAAAUUCCCACAGAAAUUUGACGCAAAUCAAGAAACUGAUGUAAACGAUAUCGAGCUGGCGAAUUUUAAUAUAGACCAGGAAAACUUUGAAGCUUCUAUGCUAAAGAAGAGGUUUUAUGAGCUGUCGAAAUUUUUACCGACUUAUGAAGCAUAUGCGAAAAAGCAAAAUGGUGUAUUAUUUUCUAGUGAAAUUGAAGAACAGCACCCUGAUGAAGCGCAGUUGAAGAGAAUUAGGGAUUUUGAAAAGAAAAGAAAAAAAGAAAGGAUGCUGAGGAUGAGAGGGAAAAAUAAGCCUGUUGAGCUUGGAGGAAAGCCUAAAAAAACUUUUACGAACUUAGAUGAUAAUGGGCAGCAGCACAAAAGAAAAAAUGUAAAACAUAUUCCAAAUCUUAUCACAGAUAUUGAUAUCAUAAAAAGUGGAGGCGCAAAUGAAGUCGAAGAUGAGCUGGACCGAGAUGAGAGAAUCUAUUGCAGAUUAAAAGGGAACUUUGAGCUAAAUUCUUUAAAGCUUCCUCAAAAGCGCAGCUAUAAAGGCUCAAAAAGUGUCAGAAGCUUAAUAGCAUUUUCCACCUUCCAAUCAGAUAGAUCUUCAAAGCACUAUAAAACUGGAUUUAUCUUAUAA